CUUUUCUAUAAGAUAGGAAGGGCUGUAGCACAAAAUGUACUUUUAAGUAAUUGCCCCAUAGAUCCUAUAUCUAUCUAUAUGAAAAAGAAAUCAUGUAACGAAGUGGAUUAUUAUUUGUACAAUUGGUACUUCGAACUUGGAACGAGCAUGAAGAAAUUAACGAUACUUCUUUAUCUUUUGAGUUGUUCUGCCGGAUCGGUCACUCAAGAUCUUUGGUCUCUACCCGGACCCGAUGAAAAAAAUGGGAUCACUCCUUAUGGACUCGUUGAGAAUGAUUCUGGUCUAGUUCGUGGCCUAUUAGAAGUGGAAGGCGCUCUGGUGGGAUCCUCACGGACAUGCAGUCAGUUUGAUAAGGAUCGAGUGACAUUGCUUCUUCGACCCGAACCAAGGAAUCCCUUAGAUAUGAUGCAAAAUGGAUCUUGUUCUAUCCUUGAUCAGAGAUUUCUCUAUGAAAAAGACGAAUCGGAGUUUGAAGAGGGGGACGAGCGGCAACAGAUAGAGGAGGAUUUAUUCAAUCACAUAGUUUGGGCUCCUAGAAUAUGGCGCCCUUGGGGCUUUCUAUUUGAUUGUAUCGAAAGGCCCAAUGAAUUGGGAUUUCCCUAUUGGUCCAGGUCAUUUCGGGGCAAGCGGAUCGUUUAUGAUGAAGAGGAUGAGCUUCAAGAGAAUGAUUCGGAGUUCUUGCAGAGUGGAACCGUGCAGUACCAGACACGAGAUAUAUCUUCCAAAGAACAAGGCCUUUUUCGAAUAAGCCAAUUCAUUUGGGACCCUGCAGAUCCACUCUUUUUCCUAUUCAAAGCUCAGCCCUUUGUCUCUGUGUUUUCACAUCGCGAAUUAUUUGCAGAUGAAGAGAUGUCAAAGGGGCUUCUUACUCCCCAAAAAAAUCGUCCUACAUCUCUAUAUAAACGCUGGUUUAUCAAGAAGACGCAAGAAAAGCACUUCGAAUUGUUGAUUAAUCGCCAGAGAUGGCUUAGAACCAAUCGUUCAUUAUCUAAUGGAUCUUUCCGUUCUAAUACUCUAUCCGAGAGUUAUCAGUAUUUAUCAAAUCUGUUCCUAUCUAACGGAACACUAUUGGAUCAAAUGACAAAGGCAUUGUUGAGAAAAAGAUGGCUUUUCCCGGAUGAAAUGCAAAUUGGAUUCAUGGAACAGGAUAAGGAUUUCCCAUUCCUUAGCAAGAAAGAUAUGUGGCCAUGA